AUGGCGUACUCUGCCCAGGACUCGGCGACCCUCCCAGCCGAGAUACAGACACUCUCCUCGUUCGUUCACCAGAAACCCCACGUACUUGCCACCGGAAACAACGAGCUUCAAGCGGCUGCCCUCACCGCGACCAAGUAUGUGUACGAUCUCGCCAUAAAGUCAGAGACACAGGCUCGCAACCAAAUAGCCGAACUCCUUGCCUCGAUAUCCCCUGCUCUCGCACCUCAGACACGAUCCCAAGCUGCCGCAGUGUCCAAAUCAGGCCGCGGCUCAGAUGCAGGUGCAACUGCAGAUGUCCCUACCCUACAGAGCACUCCUUUGCCAGAGCUUUUUAUCGAAGAUAUGAAUGAGGAACAGAUAUGGGCACAGUUGGAACUUAGGACGCGGAACGUGUGCAACGUCUUGGAUUUUCUUCUGGACGAACCUGACGAAAGUGAGGAAUCUGAAGCUGAAGAGAUGACAUCCAAGAAGGUAAAUACACCGAAAAAUCUGCGAUCCGGUAACGUGGAUAGAGACAUGGAUUUCCUUGGAGACAUGGAUUUUGACAGUGAGGACGACACAGAAGAGAGUGAUGACGAUGAAGAUGACGAUGACGACGAGGAUGGAGAUGGAGAUGACGACGAGGACGAGGACGAAGACGACGAUGUUGACCUUGGUGAGGGUAUAGUUGGACUACGUGACCCUUCCGACGAAGAAGACGAGGAGGACGUCGACCUCGAUCGGCCUCCAUUGUCUAGCAGGCAAAAGUCCCGACGGAAAACGAAAGUUGGCGGUCAUUCACAACUUGAUGAUGGAUUCUUCGACCUUGCUGCUUUUAACGCUGAAACUGAAGCAGCAGAGGCUCGUGGUGUCUCAAAAGGCCGUUUGAGCGGCAACGACAGUGAUGAUGAAGACGAAGAGAUGGUCGAUCUAUUUGCACCCGUAGACGAUACAGCAACUUUUCACGAAAAUGGACUAGAGAGUAGUACUAGUGAGCCACUCUACAAAGACUUUUUUGAUCCUCCCCCUCGUUCUGCACUUCCAAGUGGCGACAGGGAAUCUCGCGCACGCGGAGGUGUCGCUCUUUCCAAAGGAAAGGUGCGUUUCCAUGAAGAGGUAAGAGUGAGGAACAUCAAGGCAAAAGGCAAGAAUUUGCCUACCUCUAUGAUGUACGAAGAAGAAGAAGACGACGAAGACGACGACGAUUACGAGGAUGAAGAGGAGACUUUUGUGUUAGAUGAUACAAAUGACGGGAGUGAAGGAGGGGAAGAUAGUGAUCUCACUGAAGAGGGAAGCUAUGAUGGCGAAAGCGCCGAAUCUGCGGACGAAGAAGAGGAAGAUGGACGAGACACGAUGGAUCGAUUUAAAGAUGACUUGUUUGCUGAAGAAGCAGAGGAAUCUCAACAAGACAUGUCCAAUUUCGAGAUACGCAUGAUGGCACUUCGAAAAGAAAUCGCUGAACUAGAGGCUGAGAGCGUGGCAAAGAAGAAUUGGACCCUCAUGGGUGAAGCAACAUCUCGCUCGCGUCCACAGAAUUCACUCCUAGAGGAAGACCUGGAAUUUGAGAGGGCGAUGAAGUCUGUACCGGUCGUUACGGAAGAGACGGUUCACAGUCUCGAGGAACGGAUCAAGGCCAGGAUAAUGGAGAAUCAGUAUGACGAUGUUGUACGGAAACGGCCUGUAGAAGAUAAACCGUUUCUCCCCUCUCGAUUUUUUGAGCUGCAGGACACUAAAUCGAAACAAUCCCUGGCUGAGAUCUACGAGGAUGAAUAUACCACAGCGCAGACUGGCGGGAUUGCGGGCGAAGACAGAGAUGGUAAGCUCAAGAAAGAGCAUGAGGAGAUCGAGAAGCAGUGGGAACAAAUUUGCGGCAAGUUAGAUGCGCUCUGCAAUGCACAUUUUACACCAAAAGCUCCCAAGGCAGCUAUAUCGACUGUGGCAAACGUCGCUGCUGCAUCUUUAGAGUCCGCCCUUCCAACGGCUAUGUCUACAUCGUCCAUGCUCGCGCCUGAGGAAAUUUUCGCCCCUCCUUCCGCUGGCGACCUGAAUUCCCGCAGCGAGCUCACACCUACUCAGAAACGCGCGCUUCGAACCAAGCAGAAGAAGGCGAAGAAGAAAGCUCGUGACUCCCUCGAGAAGGCUGUAGACAAGUUUGCACAGUCAAAGCGAGUUGCCGGGAUCAAAAAGCAGAAGGAGGUUGCGUUGAAAAGUGUGGUCAAGAGUGGGAAGGGGGUCACAGUGAUUGGAAAGAAGAGCAAGGAUGUGACAGGGAAACAGAAACGGACAGAAUCGCAUCCUCGACGUACUGGAUGA